CCAAAAACCCUCAACAAGCAAAAAACUGAAAAUUCGUGAGAGCAAAUAUAACACAGUCGCACAGAUGAAGAUGAGGGUAUGCAGGCCCGGCAGCUGCAACGCAUGACAAGCUUGGAGAGUCCAGAACCCUUUUCUUCUUCUUUGUCUCCUGCUUCUGCAACUCCCACAGAUGAAGAUGAGGGUAUGCAGGCCCGGCGGCUGCAACGCAUGACAAGCUUGGAGAGUCCAGAACCCUUUUCUUCUUCUUCUCUGUCUCCUGCUUCUGCAACUCCCCCGAGUAGGGCAAACCAACAGUGUAGGAAGGUAAUGUGGUCUCUUCUCCCCAGCGAAAUUGAGGAGAAUAUCCUCUCAAGACUACCAGUGAAGUCCCUGAUGCGAUUCAGGUGCGUAUGCAAGGAUUGGUGCAGUUUAGUUACCAAACAUCAUUUCAUUAAAAUGCAAUUCAAUCAUUCCACCCAAAUCAAAGAAAGCUCCAAAAUCAUCUUUGCUUAUAAAGGAAAAGUCUACCAUGUUGAUGUUGAGGAUUGCGUAAAUCAGUGUAUUGGAACAAGCCAGCGGAUUACCAUGCGUAGAGAACUGGUUUUACCAUUUAGAAAUCAUGACGAUAUGAAGAGAGAAUUGGAUUUACCUUACUGUUUGAAGGUUUCAGGUUCACGUAAUGGGUUACUCUGUUUAUCUAGUCUUGAUUACUUAUGCUUGUUGAACCCAAUUACCAAAGAAUACAAGAGGCUCCCUUACCCACGAAAGCCUUAUCUUUUAUGGGGAACUAUUGCUGGAUUCCGUUAUUGUCCCAGAACUGACGAAUACAAGGUGGUGGUGAUUAUUUAUAGCUGGAUUGAACAAGAUCAUCCUGAUGCUGUCUAUGCUUGUACUCUUCAAACGAAUUCUUGUUGGAGAUAUAUUGGGUGCUCUGAGUACAAGGUUAAGUACUUAUAUGAGAAUAUUGUUCUGCUCAAUGGAGCUCUUCAUUGGUUGGCAAGUGGCACACCCGUAUAUAUUUUGUUUGAUCUUGAAGAUGAGAAGUUCAGAAAAUUUUCUGUGCCUAAAUGCUUCACCCAAAAAGAUAAUAAUGGUCCCCAACUGGGAUUGAUGGAAUUGGGUGGUUUUCUUUCUCUGUUUCACUUCAAGAAUAAAACGAAAUUUGACAUUUGGGUCAUGAAGGAUCACUGUGAUGAACAAUCGUGGACUAAAGUGUUUUCAGUUGCAAAUCCAAUCUUUUCUGAGAUUGGAUUGUUUAAGCCUAUAUACAUUCUGAAGAAAGAUGAAGUUGUAUUGUGUGAAACUUGGUAUCAUGACUUCUUUAUACUUGUACAGAAGAAAGAGAUUAGCAAUCUUCAUCUUAGGUUGCCGGACUUUUCUUCCAAUUUACUUGGAGAGCCUUGUUUCACUCAGGGCUGAUGGUGGAAUGGAUUGUGGCACCGAACGUGAGAGAAGGGAAAUGGAAGGAGGAAGAUCAGCAGUGGGGGCGAAAGGCGAUUAGCUUAUGCAGGUGAACAGAAACUAGAGGUGAAGCCACACCUCUGAAUGUGACUUGGUAUUAGUUUAGCUAUUUCUUUAGAUGUCUGAAUUGUGACUUGGUAAAUCCACACAAUGUAUACUCAGAAGCAUCAAUGUUUGCUUUAUGUAGUCCCUCAUGCUGUGUUGUGAUUUUGGAAUCUGUUUAUUUCUUUACUAACAGUCCCAUCCUCUGUUUCAUCGAGCAUGAGCCCUUACAUUUAUGAAUUACUAGUUCCACUGC